AUGUUUAGGCAAUCAAAGAGAAGAAUCGCUUCCAGGAAGAACUUCAGCUCGUACGAUGACAUCGUCAAGAGCGAGUUGGAUAUUGGCAACGUAAGCGCUGCUAACCAAAUAAUUUUAGGUUCCACUUCGUCGGAAGAGGAGAAGACACUGUACGCAAAGCUGCACGAGUCCAAAUUAUCGUUUUACGAUUUACCGCCACGCGGCGAAAUAACCUUGGAACAGUUUGAGAUUUGGGCCAUCGAUCGUCUCAAGAUUCUGUUGGAAAUCGAAUCCUGCCUUUCCAGGAACAAAUCCAUCAAAGAGAUCGAAACCAUAAUCAAGCCACAGUUCCAGAAAUUGCUGCCUUUCAACACAGAUAACUUGGAAGACAAGAAAAAGGAUUAUUACUCUCAUUUCAUUUUGAGAUUAUGCUUUUGUCGUUCCAAAGAGCUUCGUGAGAAAUUCGUUAGAGCGGAAACUUUCCUGCUCAAGAUUAGGUUCAAUAUGCUGACCUCAGCCGACCAAACAAAAUUCGUUCAAUCGUUAGAUCUGCCUUUACUACAGUUUAUUUCCAACGAAGAAAAGGCGGAAUUGUCACACCAGUUGUACCAAACCGUCUCAGCUUCUUUACAGUUCCAAUUGAAUCUUACUGAAGAACACCAAAGAAGGCAGUACUUCCAACAAGAGAAAUUCAUAAAACUACCGUUCGAAAACGUGAUAGAGCUAGUGGGUAACCGCCUAGUGUUUUUGAAAAACGGCUAUGCUUAUUUGCCGCAGUUCCAACAGCUGAAUUUGCUAUCCAAUGAGUUUGCUAGUAAAUUGAACGAGGAGCUAUUGAAGACCUACCAGCAUCUUCCAAGACUGAACGAAGAUGACAGGUUGCUGCCAAUUUUAAACCAUCUUUCGUCAGGGUACACAAUUGCAGACUUUAACCAGCAAAAGGCAAACCAAUUCGGUGAAAAUGUAGACGAUGAAAUAAAUGCACAAAGUGUGUGGUCCGAGGAGAUCAGCUCGAACUAUCCAUUGAGUAUCAAAAACUUAAUGGAGGGUUUGAAGAAAAACCAUCAUUUGAGAUAUUACGGUAGGCAACAACUAAGCCUGUUUCUAAAGGGAAUUGGGUUGAGCGCCGACGAAGCUUUGAAAUUUUGGUCAGAAGCUUUCACAAGAAACGGCAACAUGACGAUGGAAAAGUUCAAUAAAGAGUACCGCUACAGUUUUAGACACAACUACGGCCUCGAAGGUAACAGAAUCAACUACAAACCGUGGGACUGUCACACCAUUCUAUCUAAGCCCAGACCCGGCCGCGGCGAUUAUCACGGAUGCCCAUUCCGUGACUGGAGCCACGACAGACUAUCUGCAGAACUGCGUUCCAUGAAACUCACCCAAGCACAAAUCAUAAGUGUCCUAGAUUCGUGCCAAAAAGGCGAGUACACAAUCGCUUGCACCAAAGUAUUCGAAAUGACACACAAUUCCGCCUCAGCAGACUUGGAGAUCGGCGAACAAACUCAUAUCGCACAUCCUAACCUCUAUUUUGAAAGGUCAAGGCAACUGCAAAAGAAACAACAGAAACCGGAAAAGGAAAAACUUUCCAAUAGUGCCAAUAACCAGUAG